AAUUUCAAACAUGGCACCACCCCUGCUACCUUUCUGCUACAUCUCUUCUGCUUUCUCGCCUCCUCCCACCUCUCUCCUUGUCUUCUUCUCCAUCGCGCACCUCCCGUUAAUUGCCGCCCAGAACCGCCUCGUUCAGGCAUUUCUUCGAUGGAGGAAGAGGAGGGGGAGGGGGAGGAGUACCUGUUCAAGGUAGUGAUCAUCGGGGACUCGGCGGUGGGGAAGUCGAAUCUGCUGUCGCGGUACGCGCGCAACGAGUUCAACCUCCACUCCAAGGCCACCAUCGGGGUCGAGUUCCAGACGCAGAGCAUGGACAUCGACGGCAAGGAGGUGAAGGCCCAGAUCUGGGACACCGCCGGCCAGGAGCGCUUUCGCGCCGUCACUUCCGCCUACUACCGUGGCGCCUUCGGCACCCUCCUCGUCUACGACAUCUCCCGCCGCUCCAGCUUCGACAGCAUCGCCCGCUGGCUCGACGAGCUCAACACACAUUCUGAUACAACAAUCAUGAGGAUGCUAGUGGGUAACAAAUGUGAUCUAGAAACUCUGAGGGAGGUUUCCAUCGAGGAGGGAAAAGCGCUUGCUGAAGCAGAGGGUCUUUUCUUCAUCGAGACUUCUGCGCUCGACUCGACCAAUGUGAAGACAGCCUUUGAGAUUGUCAUCAAGGAGAUCUACAAUAAUGUGAGCAGGAAGGUACUGAACUCUGAUUCAUAUAAAGCAGCGCUAUCGGUGCACCGGGUGAGUCUUAAUAGAACUGCAGAAGAGGCACAAAAGCAAGGAAUGAGCAAGUCUUCAUGUUGUUAGAUGCACUUGUAAGCAGUGUUGUGACCAUUCUUAUGUUUAUUAAAGAGAUUGCAGAAUUCAAAUAGGAAAUUUCAGUUUCUAACAUUAUGUGAGUCUCUUCAUGUUGUGAUUCACUAUGUUGUUGUGCCACCCAACUUAAGUAAUGUUCUAGUUUGUGCAGUGCAAUUUGGGAUAAUGUAUAAAAUUUACCUUUCCAGGAAAGUUAAAAUGGCGAACUAGUCGACUGUGAAGGAAA